AUGGUGUUUGUUCAGUCAAAUCCUAAUACUCCAAGGAAGCAUCUGCGCAAUGCAGGAGUAGACAGAAGAGUCUUGGGGGCCACAUCACCUAACAAAAUCAAUGUAUCAUCAAACACGACAACUUCACCAUUCCACUCAAUCAAACUCAAACCUGUUCCAUCACCAUUGAAACCAAAGUCAAUUGCGUUGCAUCAGCCUCAAACACAAUUGGCACCUAGUCCAAUCAGAAAGGGGACACAAGCUACACCAUUUGCAACUUCACCACUUAAAUCAACCCACGCUACAGUCAAGUCAACUCCAGUCAAGCCUCAACUGAAACAAGACACACUUCACACGUGUUCCCCUGAAGAUCAACCCGGAGCCUUAGAUUUGCAACAACAAAAAGCCAAUUUAUUGAACCAAUACAGUAUUAAGCAAGCUCAAAUCAAACGCCACCAACAAAUACUCAGCCACAAACAAUUGCAAUUACUUGAAAUAGAAUCUCAAUUGCAAGAACUUAAUAAAAUUCAACUCCUUCAAUCAACUCCCAAGAACAAUACCCAUCUUGAUAUCUAUAAACAAGCAUCAUUGGAAACUGAACGGCAAUUGACCAAUGCUCAAUUGACAAUUGUUGACUUGAACAAGACGCCGAGUCCAUUGAAGAACCCUACUCCCUUGAAACAUACAUUGCUUAAGCAAACUUCAUUCAUAACUUCAGCCAUCGACGAAUGUUGUACUACGAUGGGGAAAAAGGCAACGGUGAUGUUCAAUAACAGCAGCAACAACAGCAACAACGAUGAUAACGAGAGGAAUAUCUUUGCCAAACCGCAAUUCAAAUCGGACAGAUUCGAGUCCUUGACUAAGCAAACAAGUCAAUUCUUCAAUGACUUGUUACAGAUCAAGGAUAAAAAAAUGGUUGGUUUCAAUGAUGAUGAUGAGCAAAAUCACCAUGAUUCUUUUGAUAUUGACAGCCUUGGCAUCGAUGUGGUUUAUGAACAAGUAGAUAUUGAUGACUAUGAUUCAUCUUUUGACUAA